AUGUACCCCGUCAACGCUUCCCACAGCUCCUGCCCCAAGUGCAGCGCCGCCAUGUCGAGCGACAGCAAGACCUGCUCUUCCUGCGGAGCCGCCGGCGGCUGGGGACGAAUACUUGACGAGACCCAAAUUGGACCACCCGUUAGUUCUGCCUGCCACUGCUUCCUACGUGUCGUUGCCUGGGGCCAGGAACGUGAGAAGGCUGUCGCUUAUGUGGCAGAGCCCGGUACUGAAGCCCCCGGGGAAAGCUCACAGUCGACCAAGGCGAAGCGCGUUCGUGAUUUGCAUGCCUCGCUCGACUCUCCCAGUCAUCGUUCAUGUAAUGGCAACGGUCAUCGCCAUCCAAGCCACACGAUGGCAGAUGUGGACUACGCGCGUCAUGAAGGGCAGCAACAUCAGACAUGUAAUUCGAGCACACCAAAUAUCACAGCCCCUAAAGCGCACCCAUCUCCUCCUGCCUGGUCUAGGUCGCGAGCCCAACGAGAACACAAUGAGAAACGGUAG